GCACCGAACUUACGAACCUUGCACAUCUAUACGAAGUUGCCUCAGGACGUUGCACAAAUCAAGUUCUUUGAUGAGCACACGCCUCAACUUCGGAAUGUCCAGAUUACUGGAGCAUUCCCUCUCCUGCACCCAGGAUUACUCCGUAAUCUCACCUUCCUGAGGUUGGAAUCUGUGCCGGUGAACUAUAGACCUACCACUGCCCAACUCAUCGAUGUGCUCAAAUCCUGCCCGGGGCUCGUAUCCCUCUCGCUGCUUGACGCUGGACCGGUGCAAGACACCAUUUUUAUGCCACCGUCCGCAUCUGGAGGAAACGCUCAUGCCCAUUUCGAACUUCGCCACCUGCAAGCGCUUGCAUUCCGCGAUACCGAGAUUCAGCUUUCGCCCGCCACGUUGCCGGAAGAAGGCAUGGUCUGGUUCUUCCAACACAUCCAUACUCCUCAACUCGCGGCACUCCACAUUAUGCUCGCCCCUCACCCUCUUGCUUUACCAUCUAGAGCCCCAAUCCCUACACCUUAUCCCCAUCUCUCGCCUGGUGCGGCACCGCAGCCCAUCUCUGCUGCGAUCAAACUGAAGACGACGACGGUACUGCAAUGUGUACCUACACUCGAGUCUCUGGAGGAGUUGUACCUUUGGGCUCCCCAUGCGACGCAUGAGGAGAUUGGUACAAUGCUCUCCAGGAUGCCAGCCCUGCGGACGCUGGAGGUUCCCUUCAUCAGUGAGCCGGUGGAGACUCUGAGGCUGUUUUCUCGUCCCAUUAGUAUCACAACCGACUCGGCCGACUCCGUAGAUGGAAAAGGGCAGCCUGCUAUCCCUGACAUAAAGCAAGCGGAUAGCUCCCUUAGGACCACCGGCCAGUCCACUCUCUCCAGAAGGGCCACUGCCGAAGAGGAUAGUGUAGCUGGAUCCAGUCUACACCACUCCGAGCAGCACAAGGCCAGUUGGCUAUGCCCCAAUCUAGAACGCAUUGGAAUUCCAUUCAUUAAUGGCGCAGAGCAGAAGGACUUGGAACACGCCUUGAAGGAUGUGUUUAUCAAUCGCAGCAAAUUCACUCACUGUAGCGAGCGCUUUGGCUACAGCACAAGUGGUUCGGCAACUCUAGCAGGCGGUGAAGGUGGAUCUCAGACACGAGGAGUAAAGAAGAUCACCGCCUUACUCGCACCGACCGGCCAACCAACAUAU